GCAUCCCGCGACGCCCGCUGCCAUGCGACGUCGCCGCUGAGCGCUGUCCGUUUAGUUCUUGUCGACCGCCCACGGGAAGCCGGACUUACCUUGUUACUGUAUUUGUGCCCACCGCGACUGCCUCUGCGACUGCGAGUGCGACUGCCGCUGCGACUGCCACUGCGACUCCCACGCACGCGCCCCGACUGGCGGAACGAUCGACGCUCUGCCGGCUUGCUGGAUGCCGGCGCGCUGAUUCUCACUCGGCUUGCUCGCCCUCUCUGCUGCAUGCGCGUGAAUACUCGGCCCGUAUCAUACUGUAUUACACACAAGAUACCUCCUCCCAUCGCGCAACCACGAAUAUACGCUAUACAGCCCCACUACCGAACUGCGCGCAUCGCCAUCCACCCCGGAUCCGCAACAGCACCAGAAGCAGCUCCAUCCCGCUUACUACUUAGUCUGGCGAGCAAGCAAGCAAGCAAGCAAGCAAGCAAAGCAAAGCAAAGCAAAGCAAAGCAAAGCAAAGCAAAGCAAAGCAAGAGCACGUGUUUAGGCCUGCGCACUUCCGCCCACCACGUCGAGGCUCCCUCCGAAUCACCCUAUGCAUUGUCUGUCCGGCCUGGAGACUGCUGCUCGACCGCUCUCAGGCCGGCGGCAACUACGCGCGAACUCGCGACCAUACUUAGCACAGCAUACAUUGCCGCUUAGACUUCCACCAGUAUCCUGCAGUGAUACGCGGUGUAGGACAAGAUGAUGGCCGCAUAUCAGCCUACGCCUGGAGGCAUGCAUCCAGGCAUGCCCCAUGGCCAUCCGGGCAUGGCUCCAAACCCAGGCCAGCACAUGGGUCAACCAAUGCAGAUGCACCCGGGCGUCUCAGGAGCUCCUCAGCAAGCAGGAAUGAUGGGCAUGCAGCCUAGCGGGAACGGCAUGGGCCCAGGAGGAAUGGGAGGCCAGCAUCCAGGUGCAGGUAUGGCGAUGCCUGCGCAUAUGGGUGGCCAGAGCAUGGCUGGCGGUAUACCCAAUUCACAGGCGCUGAGCCACUUAACACCGCAACAACAACUGGCACACCAGCAGGCCCAGAUGGCAGCAAUGCAAUCGAAUCCGCAGCUAGCAAUGCAACACCACCAGAUGCGAUUGCGCCAACAGCAGAUGAUGCAGCAGGCGCAGGCCAAUGGCAUGAUGCAGCCGGGCAUGCAAAUGAAUCCUCAAUUGGCGCAGCAAAUGCAACAGCAACAAAAUCAGCAUGCGAUGAGCCAGCAGGGUGGCCAGGCUGUACAAUUAACGCCACAUCUUCAAGCACAACAAAUGCAGAUGAUGCAACAGCGUAUGCAACAGCAGCAGCAAGCACAACAGCAGCACCAGAACCAGAUGGCGCAGCAAUUGGCUAUGCAGCAACAGCAUUCGCAGCAAAGCAAUCAAGGACAGCAGCAACCUGCAAACCCGCAAGGCACGCCUGCUCAAGCAGCAGCACAGCAGAUGCGUCCACAAUCCCGGAUGGCAAAUCCCAAUGAGCAAGCGCAGCCUGGCCAGCAGCCGCAACAUCCACAGCAGGCACAGUCUCAACAAGGCCAGCCUCAAGCACAACAAGGUGGUCAACCACAACAGGGCCAGCAACCGACUCCACAGCAACAGCAGGCCAUGAGUCUUCAGCAGCGGCAACAAAUUGCACUGCUUCAACGUCAGCAAGCCUUCCAAGCGCGCCAGAUGCAAGCGGCGCAACAGCAACAGCCUACAUCCCAAAGCGGCAUGUUCAUUUUAAGGCUGCUGAACUUUAGCACUCACCUCGCCAGUUUCACCCCGGACAUAGAAAGCCAAACCGCAAAUGGCAAGAAUGUCACACAUUGGCACAAUUUCGUGGAGAAGCAUUUCGCCCCGGAAGGCCGACUGAUCCACAGCUUCGAUGACGCGGGUCCACAUGGCAAGGUCAAGACGUUUGAAGUGCUGCGACCAAAUGUUGCAAGGUACUUCUACACAUACUUCGAUUCAGGCGCGAGCUCUUUGCGACUGCAUACCGAAAAUGCGCGAGAAGUACCUCACGCGAAUGGAAGCCUCCAGGUGUCCUGCCAGCACGCCACCUUUUCCGUUUUCUAUCCAAAUGGCGCACGUCUGGAGAUGACUGGUUCCCUGCAUGUCCUGUUCUCGGCCGGCUCGGACCAGAUCGACAUCCUUUCCUUUCAAACGACGGGUACAGAAGAAGUCAUUUCGCGAGGCCAGAUCGAGAAGGUGCUGAGCGAUUUCUCCCCGACCAUGGCAAAUAAAGCAUCUCCGAAGAUGGCAAAAAACAAGUUACCCAAAGCUCAACAGAAGCUGCAGGAGGCCGAGAGCAGACUGACGAUAGAACACUUCCCAAAGACACCGAAAGGCACCAUGGGCUUCACUUCAAAGGUGCAGCAUUUCUUAGAGAUUGGUGAAACGAUGAAUGUAAUGUCAGACCUCAUGCAUUAUGCUCAAGACAAGAAGAUGCGACCAGAACAAGCUUUGGAAGCCCUGGUUGCACAGUACGAGUCCCAGCCGAACGGCCAAUCUCAACCAGGCAAUCCACAGAUCAAUCUGCCUCCGAACGGGGUACCUCAAGGUUCGACGACGCCCAACAUGCGCAACAUGCAGAUGCCACAGAACGGACAAGCUUUCAGCUCACCCAGUAUGGGCAACAUGCAGAUGUCCAUGAAUGGCUCGCCGCACCUGGGGAACACACCGGGCACAUUAGGCGCGCCGAACAUGGGUAUGCCAAAUUCGCACACACCCUCACCGCACCAGUCAAGCAUGACUGCUCCUCAGAUGAUGCCUCAGCACAGCCAGCAAGGUACAAACAGCAGCGUGGCGAGCGAAAAUACAAGUCCCAAUGUUAACAACAACAAGCGACGCAGAAGCGCGGUCAAAGUUGAGGGCGACGAUGGCGGAAGUGACGCCAACGCGAACCGAGUCAAACCAAGCCCCCGAAUGGCCAAGAAGCCCAAACCGUGACCUCCUUGACCGAAUCAAUCAGUUCCUGUCCAUCUUCAAACCGGCGUCGGGAGUUCUUCACUACAGCGGCAUCGGCGGUCUCCUCGUCAUUGGGCAAGCGCAAAGGCAAGGCGGCAUUUUUCUGGGUGUGUCUCUCUUCAUUGGGUCAGGUGCAUCAUCAUCCGACGACGACAACUACCACUAUAGUGUUUUGUGUCUGUUGUUUUAGCAACGGCCUCCUCCUUGUUGAUUCCCACAGCGCGGCGUUCUUCAUAGGAGUUUGGUUCGUCUUUUGCUUUUACCUGCUUUGAUUCCCACUACAUCCGGAAAGGACGCGCGGCGAGAGCGAGAGCGAGAGAGAAAGCCCAGGGCCACUACUUUUGUUUACUUGUUUAGUUCGCGACUCUUUGCGCGAACACUAGAGAAGCACGGGGCCGGAACAUGGUUGUUCACAAUUCAAUUGUCUGUGUGUGUGUGUUGAGGAAAAGGAGGGGGAAGGGAGGGCGGAGCGUGGAAGCAAACGAAAUGGGAGCGAAACCUAGUUGAUACGGUAUAGGAACAUUUGUACGAUAUUCAAAUAUGAGGCGGCAUGGAUAUGAUCUCGCUUGGAUCUGCAACGAUUUUCCCCCGU